AGUAACCAUCGAUAAGUCUUAUCCCCGCACGUGUUGAAAUUGUUUUCUUUUAUUUGGACCAGCUUUAAUUAAGUUAAUUCAGACAUGUCGGACUUUGAAAUGGAGGACAGUGCCUCUGGCUACGACUCAGGGGAUAACUCAGAUGCCGAGCUGCAAGCGGCAUUUGAGCGAGGCGACUUAAAACCAGGCCUUAAUGUGGAAUUCAAUGGGCAAAGAGACAAAGUGAACGAUGUGACCAAACUGCUGACCAAGACAGAGGCUAUCAAGAUGCAACUGCCUUGGCUGGAACGCCUGGACAUGAUCAACACACUGGCUCCCCUGGCGCCGGAACUCGCUGUUCAGCUGGAGAAGCACGAGCAGAAGCGAGCCAAUCUCUUCAAGGGCAACGCCAAGCUGCCCUACAUUCGCCCCGAGGAGGAUCCCGUCCUGAAUGACUUCAAGAGAGAGAUGCUCUUCCACCGACAGGCGCAAAGUGCUGUUCUGGAGGCCAUUCCACGCCUGCAAGAGCUGGGCAUAAAGACCCGUCGGCCCGAUGACUACUUCGCCGAAAUGGCCAAGUCCGACGAGCACAUGCAGAAGGUGCGCGCCAACCUGAUGGCCAAACAGCAAGGUCAGGCGAAAUCCGAGCGCAUCAAGCAGAUCCGCGAGCAGCGUAAGAUGGGCAAGAUGCUGGCCAAACAGACCAAGGUCCAACGCGAGGCCGAGAAGAAGGACAUGCUUGACAAACUGAAGAAGUUCCGCAAGGGUAAGCUGAAGAACCUCGACUUCCUGGAGGACGCCAAGGCGCUCGAGUCCAAGCAGAAGCAGUCCGCCGAGAAUCGCAAGAAGCGCAACAAGAAGUUCGGCUUCGGCGGCAAGAAGAAGGGCCUCAAGAGGAACACAAAGUCCUCCUCCGCGGGAUUGGAUGGCGACAAGUCCUCCAGGCGCCAGCGGGGCGUGAAGGCUGGUGCUUCGGUCAACAAGCGGCUUGGCAAAUCGCGACGCAUUAAGGCCAAGGGCAGAAAGUAAUCCCCCGGGACUGCCGACUAUCUUUAGGUGACCAAACUCUAGUUUUAUAAAGCCCCCAAUCCUGUAUAGAUUUUUUUAGAACCAUAAAUAAAUAACAUUUGUGUGCACGCA